AUGUGGGCGCGGUGGGCGGCGCUGGCGUUGGUCACGUGCGUGUGCGCCGCGCCCGCCGACCCGCCGCACGCGCUCCAGCAAUGUGAUACCCUGAACCUGAGGAGGCCGCCGCCGCUACCACCAAAUAUACGUGAAUAUGAGGCUGCCGUUGUCCAAAUAGCCCGUGCGUUAUCAGAGCUGGUAGACCAAGGCGUGGCUGAUGAAGCCAGAGCUUCAGCCCUGGCUAGGGCAGCAGCCAGAACUCCUCUCCACCCACCGCCAGCAGCUGUUGCGCUUGGAGCUCCGCAAUUACAUCUAGGAAUCUUAUACAUAUCGGAACCAGCUCGCCUCGUUGUCUUUCAACAGAACAACUCGGUCACAUUGCAGCCGUUCUGGCGUACGCUGGCUUCCGCUUGGAAUGCUAGUGUUGUCAUGUGGUCCAAUGCUUGGUAUUCCUGUGAAGGAGAGCCAGGUUGGUGGGGUGGAACGGCAGCAGCCAGGGGAGCGGGUUCCACGAGGGCAGCGGCUGCACUUUUCCGCAGUUUACCAACAUUACCAUGUGAAGACGCUAUGAAUGAGUGGCUGGGAGGCACACCACUGUGUGAUACAAUGACAACUGCUUGCGAGGCUCUUCCCGGAAGUAGUGACCAUAAAUUGGAGUACCAAUGCAAAUGCCGUUCCAAUCACUGGCACCAAGAGGGUGGAGGCUGGUUAUCUCGUCUUAAAUUAAUGGAGAUCGGGAAGCUGUCUUGCACGCCUUGUGGCUUCGGGAGUAACGCCACGGCCUGCUUACCAGACACCUAUAGAGCAGCUUUAUUAGCUGCAAAUCUUACCGGCAUGCUUAUAUGUCUCAUCAUUGGGCUUAUUAUCUUUAAGAAGAGAAAAUGCAAGGCUGUUGCAAUGGGGAUGUGGACUGUUUUAGAAGUUGUUCUCCUCGGAGCAAUGUUUAUGUACGGCUCGGCAGCCGCACAGUACAUACCUGGGGCGCAAUGGCGCUGCGUAACAGGUGCAUGGCUACGAGAAUUGGGCUUCGUAGCGUGCUACGGGUCCGUAGUUCUUAGAUUAUGGGUUCUAUUAGCCGAAUUUCGGACUAGGAAGGCACAUAGAUGGACGCCUAGAGAUGCGGAGGUCUUACGGAUAGUAGCAGCCAUGAUGAUAGGCGCUAGUUGCUAUCUGGCUGCUUUCACAGCGACUUCCGCCUGCGAAGACGACAUCGGGGGUGGAUGCGCAAACCCCGCCUGGCAUCACGUCACAGCUGGAGCCGAGAUUCUGUUGCUGAUUGCUGGUCUUCGGAUAGCACAUGCAGCGAGGAAUGCCAAUGUGCCCUUUCAGGAACGAGGGUGGCUAGCGUCUGCCUUAUGGGUAGAGGGCGCCAGUGGUCUCGCUUGGCGUCUAGCGGCGAUUUCGGGGGCAGCUCCUGAGAGGUCACCCCUUGUAUCAGCAGCUCGAGCUCAUUUAUCAUCGGGCGCUGCUUUGGCCUGUGUGCUGGCACCACGUUUGUGGCAUGGAUAUCGGGCCAGGUCGCUUGCUCAGGAAGUGUCACGUCGAGGUCCCGCAGAAGGCUUCGCCGCUGAAACCGAAGAAGAGCCCACGCCUGAAGAACUCAGGGCCGAGCUGAAAAGGCUUUACGUCCAGCUGGAGAUAUUACGUAAUAAAACCUUGCGCACAGACAACCCUCAUAUCAGCAAGAGGAGAGGCGGGAGAAAACCGCCUCAUCGACGAUUCUCUUUACAAAAAAAAGGCAGCCGAGAAAAGGCGCUUCAAGCACGGCGUGGGGGUAGAAACAAGGCUAGUGGUAUUGAAGUUAGUGAAGCCGGGGACGCUUCAAGGACACCCGAAGACUCCGUGUGCUCAGUCGAAGGACCAUCACAUUUCACUGACGGUGAUACUCAAGCGUGA